AUGAGGACGAAGACGGGAGGAGCAUCUCAUAAAGGUUCUCGGGCCCCGAAGACCACAGUUGCAAAGGGUACGAAAGGUAACUCUUCAGUGGCUUCCUCAAGCUCAAAACAACGGAAGCCAGUAAAACGAAUAUCGGGUCCUAUGGCUAGUGGGGUGUUCGGGGUACGUGUCUUCAAACCAAGGGACCGCAAUCCUUGUUCACCGUUGCUUCACUUCGAUUUGGAGGAACAUAUCUCCUUCAAGCUGACUUUAACAAAAAUCAGAGGGUGUGGAAACAACGACAAGUGUGCUGAAUGGUAUAACAUAGGAAUGCACGACACGGUGAAAGCAAAGGUGAAAGAAGCUGGAUUUGCGCCCUUUUUGUCAAUAUUGGGGCAUGGUAAGAAAGGGGACAGGCCAUUACUUGUGGCCUUAGCGGAGAGAUGGUGGGACACUACCCACACCUUCCAUUUCGAUGAAGUUGGAGAGAUGACGAUGACACCAACGGACUUCGCAGCAAUCACUGGAUUGCGUGUUGGUGGGAAGCGUUUACAGUAUGACUUCGAGAUGUACAAAAAUAAGAACAAGAUUAUGAAAUUGUUUGGGAAACCAAUCGCAGACCUACUGGCAGGGGAAAGGAGAGUGCCGUAUGAAAGCCUUUGCACCCCGUAUUGGAACAAGAUUCCGAAAGAUGAUAAAGAAGCAGACCAAAUUGCCAGGGCAUUUAUACUCAGCUUGAUUGGCUCCUCAUUCCUAAAUGAUAAGAGCCAAUACGUGAGUAUGCACUACGCCCCCUGUUUGGAAAGAGUAUCAGACAUUGGUAAAUACGACUGGGGCGGUGCGGCUUUGGCUUGCUUGUAUAGAUCACUGGAUUCUUGUUCCAGGGGCAGGUCAUCGAGCAUGGGCGGGUAUUGGAGGGCAUGGGAGGUAUGGGCUUGCGAGUACCUAAAACCGUUUGCUUUAUCGAGGCCCAGUGGGACCGUGAAAACGUGGCCCCGAACAUUGAGGUGGAUUGGUGCAAAAUCAAAACGGGACUUACAACAUCACUUGGAACAUUUUAGAGUGAUGAUGCGACAUCUCACAAAGGAUCAGGUAAAUUGGAACCCAUGGGGGACCAAUGAAGCCGAGUUGCCGGAAGAAGUAAAAAAUAGUGUGCCGGCAACUCGUAAACGAAUCCUCCUUGAGGGACCAGCUGGUUCAGCCUGGUUUUUGGGAGAGCGAGUCACAAUGCAAAGUUUAGGCACCACAGAACCUCAAGUACCGAAAAUUCCACCUAGGACAAUGCUUUCGGAUUAUAAACUCACUGAUGAGUUAGAAGUCGAGGAAGCACUGAAUGGGUAUCCAGCUUCCGAAUGGCUUGCAAAUUCAUCUGACUAUGCCCAGUACAGAGAUGAGUACAUACGGUAUCGCCACUAUGUGGACUUACGUGAAGCGGAAGAACAAGAUCGAACUCCAGAAGGGGCCAAGAUAAGGGUAGCAAACAUCUCUCCUCAGCCAUGGUCAGUGCGAAUACCAUACUGGGCCGCUGAAAAUGGAAGUAAACUUGUGCGGAUACCCCGUGGCCAAGAUAGCCCAGAUCUACCAUUACCUGAUGGUGUCACGCAUGUCACUGCUGAAGCUGCAACCGAGCUUUUGGACUUAAUUGCUGGGUUGAAUGCUGUACUAUUUUCAACUGCAUUGGAAGCAAGCGUAGAGAACAGGCGCCUACAGCAAGAGAUUGAGAAAUUGAAGAACACCUCGGGAACAAGCAUUGGGAGUUCGGGUCUUGUUCAACACGUCGUAGAUGAUGAUGUAGAACAUGAGUUUCGCACAAAAUGUCAACAUGACAUAGGUAGAAAGGGAAAGACCAAACUUGCGAUACAAGAAGAGCAUGAAGAAGAUGAGGAAGAGGAAGAAGAUGAGGAAGAGGAAGAAGAUGAGGAAGAAGAGGAAGAGGAAGAGGAAGAAGAGGAUGAGGAAGAGGAAGAAGAAGAGGAAGAUGAAGAUGAAGAGGGAGCUGACGAGGAAGUUUGGAUCGAAGAGGGGGAUGAGGAUGAGGAUGCGGAUGAGGACGAGGAUGCGGAUGAGGGUAAUCCGGAUGCAGAACAACACUCCACAGACCAAAAACGCAAAGGUGAGAAAAGUCUUCGUUCACGUACCUCAAAGAGAAAGAAAACCAUGUAA